UUCAAGCCGUUCUCUCCGGCAUUUAUCUACUCGAGAACCCCCAGAGAGGAGGAUCUGGUUCCGAGAGAAAGAGAGUGGGCGCGGGUCAUCUUUGCCGGACCACACUGCAUCAUCACCUUCCUCAUUCCUGAAGCAAGCAUGGCAUCGUGGAAAUCGAGCACUUCUUCCAAGCCCGCGUAUAUGAGCUGUCCCAGGUGGCCGGGUGGAUAGGGCCAUAGAGAGAGAGAGGAAGCAUUGGCCAAUGGCCACGGUGAUCGCCAUGGUCAUGUGAUGUCCUAGAGGAGCACGGUCAGAAGUGGGUUUUCCUGUAGAGAGAGAACGGGCGGAGAAGCGAGAGAAGUAGAGGGAAGGGAGUAGGGAGAGAUCAGUAAUAACGGCACUCAAAAUGGCGACGCUGGCCGCCGCUUCGGCCGGCCUCCUCCUCCUCGCGCUCGUGGCGGCGGCGGAAGCCGACACCAACGCCGCCGAUGUUGCGGCCUUGGGGAAUCUGUACACCUCCUGGAACAGCCCGGCGCAGCUCACCGGCUGGUCAGCCGGCUGCGGCGACCCCUGCGGCGCCGCGUGGACGGGCGUCUCCUGCUCGGGCUCCGCCGUCAUCUCAAUCAAGCUUUCUAGUAUGGGGCUGAAUGGUACUCUUGGUUGCAAACUGUUCAGUCUGCUGUCAUUGAAAACAAUGGACUUAAGUGACAACAACUUGCAUGAUUCAAUUCCUUACCAGUUGCCAUCAAACCUAACCUAUCUAAAUUUGGCGAGAAAUAAUUUCUCUGGUAAACUUCCAUACUCCAUAUCCAACAUGGUUUCACUUGAGUACCUCAAUCUCAGCCACAACUCGUUAUUUCAUGAAAUUGGUGAACUAUUUGGAAACCUCAAAUCACUUUCAGAACUAGAUGUUUCUUUCAACAACCUGACGGGGAAUCUUCCUAUUUCUAUGGGUUGUCUGUCAAAACUUUCUAGGCUUUAUAUGCAAAAUAAUCAACUAUCGGGCACAGUUAAUGGCCUCAGCAACCUAAGCCUUGCUACACUAAAUAUUGCACACAACAAUUUUAGCGGCAUGAUACCACAAGAAUUCAGCUCAAUUCCAAACUUGAUAGUUGGAGGAAACUCAUUUGUCAAUAUGCCUGCCUCCCCACCACCAACUUUCACACCACCGGAGAACCCACACAAUGAGCCAAACUAUCCUCAAGGGCCUAGAAGUGCUCCAACAUGCCCUGAGACUCCUAUUCAUCAAGACAACAAGAAGCAAGGUCUGCAAACAGGUCCGCUUGUAGGGAUUGUUGUUGGCUCAAUAGCUGCUGCCUCAUGUGUACUUUCUGUGUUGGUAUUCUUCCUUCACAAUGCCUGGAAAAGAAAUGAUGAACCAAAAGACAAGAGUUUGCCAAGUCAGACUUCAACACCCGCAGCCGAGUCUCCAACACCCGCAGCCGAGUCUCCAACACCCGCAGCCGAGUCGGAUUCUGACACCAGCACUCGUGUCCCGGUAACACUGGCAGCCGAGUCUCCAACACCCGCAGCUGAGUCUCCAACACCCGUAGCCGAGUCUCCAACACCCGCAGCCGAGUCUCCAACACCCGCAGCCGAGUCUCCAACACCCGUAGCCGAGUCUUCAACACCCGCAGCCGAGUCUCCAACACCCGUAGCCGAGUCUCCAACACCCGCAGCCGAGUCUCCAACACCCGCAACCGAGUCGGAUUCUGACACCAGCACUCGUGUCCCGGUAACACUGGUAAACAUAGAGAGAGGCCCAUCUGAGGCUCGCCGGCGAUCUUCUAGUUCAAGGAACUUCACUGGGACUGGCAGAUUUCUGUCUGGUGGAACUGUACAGCCUGAUGCACCACAGCCACCAGAAGACAUUGUUCACAACAUCUACUUCUGGAGAAAUGGUUUCACAGUAAAUGAUGGUCCACUAAGAAGUUUUGAUGAUCCAGCAAAUGCAUCCUUUUUAGAGAGCAUCAAGAAUUCUGAAUGCCCAAUUGAGCUUGAGCCAGCUGAUGGGAACUCUAAGGUGAAUGUGAAUCUUGUUCAGAUGGAAGAAGAAUGCCCCCAGGAGCCAGUCGAGCGUGCUGCUCCAUUUCAAGGGGAUCGAAGGACUCUCGUGGCACCUUCUGAUAAUACUUCUAAUGCUGCUGCUUCCCCUACGGCGACUGCCCCUAGGAGGACAAUCACAGUGGAUGAUUCUUUGCCAUCAACCUCUCUCCAGAUCUGGUUUGCAGACGGCAGUCGCUUGGUUGCACGUUUCAACACAAGCCACACGAUCAGUGAUGUGCGGUCGUUCAUUGAUGCAACAAGGCCAGAAGCCAGUGAUUACACUCUGUAGGCCGGGUUCCCCCCUAAGCCGCUCGAUGACGCGAACAAGACUAUCGAGGAAGCCGGCUUGGCCAACUCGGUUAUCAUUCAGACAGUCUAGCUCAGCUGAACCGGUGCUGACCCCCUUCAUCAAACACGCUAUCCGUCUGAAGCUAGCAUCCUCCUUACUUUUCUCUUACCUCGGUUUUGUUUCUGAAUUUUGCUUUCAACCGUCGAUGGCUUUGCUGUUCAGUAGCUACUUCAGGUGUUAAGAGUGUAAAACAGUGAGAUUUCGGUAUCUCCAUCUUAUUCAUCUACAGUGUAUACUUUACUUUGGCUUGCAUGUUUCCUUCGGUCCACAUCACGUUUGGUGGGUUAAAGUGUCCUUUUGUUCUUAUCUAACUCCCUAGUUGGUGGAAUGUCGGCACUUGGGGACAACGUUGGUUGCACCAGAUUGUCAUUUAUUCCUGAUUGCGGUUAGCCGGUUACUGAUGUCUGGACGAUCGUGAUUGGCAAAUAAACAAGGGGAGUUUUU